UACGUAAGUGUUCGUCUGCUUGAAAUCGUCUCCUCGAAUUCAUGUGCUACUUGGAGGAGCAUUUGAUCUUAACGAUAAGUUUGACUUUAAGUAAUAGUUAAUAAAAUCGUAAUUGAAGGUGAAAUAUUAGGAACAUUCUUUUGGCGAUAAAAUGGCUUAUCGCCAAGCAAGUGCUUUUCGAAAUUUAGAAUUGUUGGUGCAAAAUAGUUUCACCAGACGACAACUAAGCCGGACGAUUAUUGAACGGAAUCUUCAUCUUUUGAAUGGAAACUCACCAUCUCACAGCAAGAUACGGACCAUUCUACAACAGUGGCGUCUUCAUUUUUCUGAAAAACCCCCUAAAGGAUUUGAAAAAUAUUUUAAGCCAGGAAAUACGGCAAAAAAUGCAUCAAAAGAAGCUCCCAAAGAAGUACCAAAGGAUGCAGCUCCAAAAGAAACACCUAAAGAAACACCCAAAAGUGGUCCAUUUGGCACAGGGCCUCCGUCUGGAAAACCAUUUUCUAUGAAGUACGAGUUUAAAUUUGGAUCUUCAGGGGGAAAAGACGGCCGUGGCGAAGGAGGCAAAGAAAAAUACAUGAUUUACGCUGCCAUCGGCACUGUUUGUGUUUUGGGUGCCCUCACUUACCUCGAAUUGAAUAACAGAGAAAUAACGUGGAAAGAAUUUAUCAAUAACUAUCUUGCUAAAGGAAUGGUCGAGAAAUUAGAAGUCGUUAACAAAAAGUGGGUUCGAGUUCGACUACCUGCUGGAAGUAACACAUCCGAUGGGAGCUCUCUAUGGUUUAACAUAGGAAGUGUAGAUUCAUUUGAAAGGAAUUUGGAGAAUGCCCAAAUUGAAUUGAACGUAGAAUCCCAAAAUUUUGUGCCAGUUGUAUACAAGACUGAAAUGGAUGGUAGCACUGUGAAGGAUUUGAUUCCGACUUUGCUCAUUAUAGGUUUUUUGAUCUUCAUGCUAAAACGUUCAAGUGAAAUGAUGGGUGGAGCUGCCGGUCGUGGCAAGGGCCGCGGUGGUGGCUUGUUUGGAGGUGUAAUGGAAUCCACUGCCAAGCUGAUUAAUCCUACCGAUAUCAAAGUUCAAUUCAAGGAUGUUGCUGGCUGUGAAGAAGCUAAAAUUGAAAUCAUGGAAUUCGUCAACUUUUUGAAAAAUCCCCAGCAGUAUAUGGAUCUAGGAGCUAAGAUUCCAAAAGGCGCAAUUCUUACUGGGCCACCUGGAACUGGUAAAACUCUCCUGGCAAAAGCUACGGCAGGCGAGGCCAAUGUUCCAUUCAUUACCGUGUCGGGAUCUGAAUUUUUAGAAAUGUUUGUUGGUGUUGGACCAUCUCGAGUUCGAGAUAUGUUCGCCAUGGCCCGUAAACAUGCUCCUUGCAUUCUUUUCAUUGACGAAAUCGACGCGGUUGGUCGUAAAAGAGGAGGCCGUAACUUUGGUGGCCAUUCAGAGCAAGAAAAUACGCUUAACCAACUGCUGGUUGAGAUGGAUGGUUUCAACACGACAACUAACGUCGUCGUUUUGGCCGCCACCAACAGAUUGGACAUCUUGGAUAAUGCUUUGUUGCGUCCUGGGAGAUUCGAUCGUCAAAUUUAUGUUCCUGCUCCAGACAUUAAGGGUCGUGCCUCUAUUUUCAAAGUCCAUUUGGCCACCCUGAAGAGCAACCUCAACAAAGACGAUCUGGCUCGCAAGAUGGCAGCUUUGACUCCGGGAUUCACAGGUGCGGAUAUCGCCAACGUCUGCAAUGAAGCCGCUUUGAUAGCCGCCCGCGAUCUAAACGAGUCUAUUGAACUCAAGCACUUUGAGCAAGCUAUCGAGCGUGUUGUUGCCGGCAUGGAAAAGAAGAGCAACGUUCUUCAGCCGGAAGAAAAGAAAACGGUCGCCUAUCACGAGGCUGGUCACGCUGUAGCUGGAUGGUUCCUCGAACACGCCGAUCCACUUUUGAAGGUUUCUAUCAUCCCCCGUGGCAAAGGUUUGGGUUACGCACAGUAUUUGCCAAAAGAGCAAUAUUUGUACACGGCGGAGCAGCUCUUUGACCGGAUGUGCAUGACACUGGGUGGUCGAGUGUCGGAGCAGAUCUUCUUCGGUCGCAUCACAACCGGCGCUCAGGAUGAUUUGAAGAAAGUCACACAGAGCGCCUACGCUCAAGUCGUUCACUACGGCAUGAAUGAAAAGGUGGGCAACGUCAGCUUUGACAUGCCGCAACCAGGAGAGCAAGUGUUGGAGAAACCUUAUUCCGAAGAGACCGCACAGUUGAUUGAUAGCGAAGUUCGCGUUUUGAUUGGCACGGCCUACAAGAGCACCCACGAACUCUUGACCCUACACAAGGAGAAAGUCUUGAAGGUUGCCGAGCGUCUGUUGAAACAAGAAAUUCUCAAUAGAGAUGACAUGAUUGAAUUACUCGGCCCACGACCCUUCCCCGAAAAAUCCACGUACGAGCAGUUUGUUGAGGGAACCGGCUCGCUGGACGAAGACACGUCCCUUCCAGAAGGUUUGAAAGGAUGGAACAAAAAGAAGGAGACGGAGCCGGAGAAGAAGGACACCGAUAAGAAAUCGUCAUCAUAAACAGCAAAAUCUGGCCCGGCAACAACGCUGCACCAUUUCUGUUGUUGCCUUUUGGCCUGAGCUACGUAUCUGCGUGCCGACAUCGACGUUGAAUGCUCUCCCAUCGGAACUUCCUUUCAGCGGGCCAGUCAAAGUUUCAUUUCUUGCUACUUUGCUGGAGCUUCUCUAGUUUUUCGGGAAUUUCUUUCAUUGUCGUUUGUUGCAUUAUUAGAUCCUUUUAGGUCCACAAUGGAAUUUUGUACAGGAAACAAAUCAAUCGACAAUAAAAAGAGAAUCUUAGAUAAGUUUCAUACUUUAGAAACCAAAAUUUA